CUUUGUCCAUCCACAUGAUCCCUACAGAAAUUCAUGGCCUUCCACCCAAUCGCCCGCCUCUCUUUCAUGCUCGCACAGACGAAUUUUCUUGGGCAAUUAAGGGUGCCAUUAAACAAUGGAAGUGUAAAACCCAAGGAAUCUGUUCGCAACGACCCUCAUUUAUUAUCGGCUGUUUGACUUGAAUAGAUUUUUCUUCUCUGCGUCCGAUCCUUACUCCCUCGUCGCCUCGCCUUCUUGCUAACGCAAUGAUGUGCUGUGCUCCUCUCUGCACCACUUUUUGGCAAGUGCUAUCAGCAGAAGCAAAUAUAUGACGGAAGAAGGGGAAGAAGUCAAUUACAAUUUCUCUUGCCUUUCUCCCCGUCCUGAAAGCCUGCCCUCUUUCCUUCUCUGCAGUCUCUGCCGGAAAGGCUUGUCUCUUCUCUUGCUUGUUUUGCUCGCUGCCAUUGUCGUAUUAGAUACAUACUUUCAGCCCACCACGUUCUUUGCAUCAAGGGGCAGACGCCUUUCCAACAACUUUCCAAGAAGAACCCCAAUUUCUUCUGUUCUUGAUCUUAUUCAACCUGAAGCCCUGAAGCGAUAUCAAGAUUCCCCAUUUCUUAAGACAAUGUUCAACGCCCAGGCCUCUUCUGACCAUUUCCUCUGAUUCUCUCUCUCACUCUAGCUCUCGACCAUUUCCGUGUAGGUCAAAACUAUCAUAUUCCUAGUCAUUUUGAUAAUAUAGAAACCCAUUUCAGACGCCAACCUCGAAUAUCCCCAUCGUUUUUUCUUGUGCACACAGGAAAAGUUCAGAAACUAGCAGGGGCAUGUUUCUCCUUUCGCUCAUCUUUCCCUAUUCAAUCCUUGAAUAAGAGCAGAUUUACGGAAACAAGAGGGAGAGAUGUCUCAACUGCUAAAACCCUUUCCCGAAGAUCUAGACACGGAGGACGUCAAUGGCAUUCCUUCCACGCCAGGCAAAUUCAAACUGGAGAAGUCUGCUCCCUUUUCCUUCCGUCGCAACCUCCGCUUCCAAUCCUCCUUCUAUAAACUGGCUUUCUGGUCGGCCGUCAUCAUCAGCGCAAUCCUCUUCUUCUUCCUCCGACCAUCCCCAUCUUCCGCCUCUCCUUCCUUCUUCACCAUUCACGCCUCCUAUGGAGGGCGAUCAUGGGAGAAGCUCGUCCGCUCCUCCAUCAGGACCAAGCGGCCCAACGCUCCGACCGUACUGGUUACCGGCGCCGCCGGCUUCGUGGGAUCACACGUCUCCGCCGCCCUGAAGCGCCGAGGCGAUGGCGUGCUUGGCCUUGACAACUUCAACGAUUACUACGAGCCCUCUCUGAAGCGUGCACGGCAACUCCAACUCCAAAAAUCCGUCGGCGUCUACAUCGUCGAAGGAGACAUCAAUGACGCCGCCCUCUUGGCGAAGCUCUUCGAUGUCGUCCCGUUCACUCACGUCCUCCACCUCGCUGCCCAAGCCGGCGUGAGGUACGCAUUGCAGAACCCGAGCUCCUACGUCCAGAGCAAUGUCGCCGGCUUGGUGAACCUCUUCGAAGCAUGUCGAAUGGCGAAUCCGCAGCCUGCCAUCGUAUGGGCAUCUUCCAGUUCGGUCUAUGGAUUGAACACAAAGGUGCCAUUUUCAGAGUCUGAUCGAACGGACCAGCCAGCGAGCCUCUAUGCGGCCACCAAAAAGGCAGGGGAAGAGAUAGCCCACACGUAUAACCAUAUUCAUGGCCUCUCCAUUACUGGGCUGAGGUUUUUCACAGUUUAUGGGCCUUGGGGUAGGCCAGACAUGGCUUAUUUCUUCUUUACAAGAGACAUCUUGAAAGGGAAAAGCAUACCCAUCUUCGAAGAUGCUGAUCAUGGUGCUGUCGCCAGGGACUUCACCUACAUUGAUGAUAUUGUCAAGGGGUGUCUGGCCUCAUUGGACACAGCUAAGAAGAGCACAGGCAGCGGUGGGAAGAAGAGGGGUCCUGCCCAGUUGAGAACCUUCAAUCUGGGGAACACCUCGCCAGCUCCUGUGACCGAAUUGGUCAACAUCUUGGAGAAACUAUUGAAGGUGAAGGCAAAGAGGAAAGUGAUGAAGUUGCCGAGGAAUGGAGAUGUGCCGUUCACGCACGCGAACAUCAGCCUCGCACAAGAAGAGUUGGGCUAUAGGCCGACGACAGACUUGCAAACUGGAUUGAAGAAGUUCGUGAAAUGGUAUCUAGACUACUACAAAAAUUCUGGUAGGAAGCGUCGUGCGGGCAGUAGUUUUGGGCUCUGAUUCAUGGUUUUGAUGGUAGAACUGCCUGAAAACUUAUUGAUUUUGAUAGUAGUCUCACUGCUUCCAUUUUUUAGUGACAAUCAUAUAAAGGCCUGUGAUUGAUCCCUGUUGUUUGAGUUUUGUUCUCGAUUGCUUGUGAUUCAUAAGGGUGAUAAUGGAGCUAGAAAACGCCGGAACCUCUUAUUCUUCAUUGUAAUAGAUCAUUGCUGCGCAAAAUAUUAUUGUCAAGGGGAUAAAAGAUCUCCACUGGGUUGGCAGAUAGCACUGUUCGCUCCUCUUUUUUUUUUUUUUUGGUGGGUUUCAAAAUUUGUAUGGAGGAUGGAUGGAUACAAUUCAUUUGUAGAUGGCUAGUCUGCACUUGAACAUGGCACAUGAGAGUAUCUGCCCUCUGAACCACUUCUGGUUCUUGCAGAGGUGACAAGCUUUGGUGAUAAGAGGUGUGCAGUUCAUGAGACUAACAAAAUGAAUGUCUGAACUGAACUGCACUGUUUGUUUCUCAACCUCUGUAUUUUGUGUUCCUUUUUUCAAUUAUGGAGAAACACUUUCUCAAGAUGGUGGGAAUCAUGGUUACGCUGAUUUAUCUAAUGUACUUGUAAUUGCCUUUUGGAGGGUGUAGAGCUCAAAAGAAAAGGUUCCUCGACCCCCAAAACCUUUACUUGGUUCAACUGCAGCAGCUCUAAUUGACUAGAUCUCCCCUGAUUGAGCUGAUCCCUUGAUUUCCAUGACAUCCAUGCUUGUUCGUAGAAGUCUGGCACCCUUUUUUUUUUUUACUGCUAUUCAAGUUGAAAAUGCGUAGCUCCUUUUUCCCUUUGUCCCUAAGCCUUGCUCUCGUGUCCUUAGACAUGGUCUGAAUCCUUCAGUUCUUCUUUCUUUCAUCUUGUCCAGCAAAAAGACUUGUUCAUUUUAC